AAUAAUAUACAGUUCAUGCUCCAAAGUAAAUACAACACUAACAUUAUUCUUCGUAAUUUACAAAUAAAUGUGUUAAAACGUUAAUACGGGCAUGCUAAAAGAAAUAAAUUGCAUUUGCAUUAAAUUCUUGGAGAAAACGAAUGAUUUAGUUGUAUAGUGUUCAAUAAAGUGUUAAGUAUGGAAGAGGUUCUGAAACAAUUAGGGGUUGGAAUCCGACCUGUGAAUGAUCCUUUCUUUGACGACUCCUAUCAAACUUGUAAAGUUUUCCAAAGGAAAGGAGUUACGGUCGAUGACGAUGAAGAAUUAUGUCACGAAGUUGUCGGAGAAUUUCCUUGUUACGUCUCAGGAUGCAAAAGCACUUUUCAAACGUUGCUUGAUUAUGAGAUGCAUUACAAUACUUCUCAUCGGUAUGUUUGUACAGAAUGUAAGACAUCUAGGCCAAAUCCACGACUAUUAGAAAUCCAUAUCCAAGAGUUGCAUGAUGCUUUCUUCAAAGUUUUAUCAGAAAAACAGGCUAUGUAUCAGUGUUAUGAUUCUGAAUGCGACAUAAAGUUUAAUAACCCAGUGGAAAGGAGAGAGCAUUGCAUUCAAAUACACAAGUUUCCGAAGAAAUAUCGAUUUGAUGACACUUCACUUUAUAAUACGAAGGAAAAAUCAGAUAAAAUGGAAAUUGAUGAUGUUGGUAAAAGCCAGAAAAAUGCUAAAGUAAUUUUAAAUAAAAAUAACAAAAGUAAGAUGUUCACAAAAGCUGCUACUAGUAAAAUUUGUGUAAAUACUGACAGUGUAAAAACAAUUCCAUCAACUGAUACAAAGACAAACUUUACAUCACCAUUAAUUUUUCUACCUAGACAAGUACAAAGGUCUUUUUCAAAAGUACUUACAAAUAAUCAGAAUAGAGAAAGAAAUGUUCUCGAAUCACAUACUAUGGUGGAACUAGCAGAUUCAUUGCCUGAUUGACAUAUUGAGAUGAAUUUAAAAGUUUUCUUCUUAUUUCGUUGACAUAUCUGCAUAAAUUCCAAAAGUGUAUCGAUUUUAUCGAGAUGACUGAUAAAUUUGAAUAAAAUAUUUGAGUGUAAAGUGUACAUAAAUCACACAUUGAUAUUCUAACGAAAUGAAAAUUAUUUUAUUUAAAAAUGUAAAAAUUUACACAACUUAAAUAGUAAUACCCACUUUAUAAUAUAUAGGAAACC